AUGGAAGAAGCAAACAUUGUCUUCGAGGGUGCUCGUGCGCGUGGCAAGGUCAAACGAAUUGCAGCUAUUCCUGACCUCAGCCAGGCGCCGGUCCAGGCCGCAACAAUCUCUCCGUUGUCAAUGUCGUUGGCGAGAUUGCCAACAACCCCCAGUCUUUUUCGUCAGGACUUGGAACCUAUCGUUGUCGCCUCAGACCGUGCUAGCACUGUUGGAAGACCAUCUUCCGUGUAUGAACGCGCCUCUGUUGGCUCGGCUGCCUUGCAGAGUGAGCACUCACGACGGCCUUCAAUACCCCAAUCUCAGGAAGAAGUCGCUUCUCGAUCAUCCUUUCCUACUCUUGUCACUAUAAGGGAGCCUUCUAACCCGGGUGGCAGCAGUUCAAGCCAGACGACACAAUCGCCACGAGCGACCGCCGUGACCAAGUCUUCUUACUCGCAAUGGACUCCAGAAGGUGCCUCGACCUCGAGUGCGCUUCCCAGGACCGAGCAACUUCUCACACUCCAGAAUGCCAGUCCUCUUGAAGUUGCGAGGCAGCGCUCUCGAUUGCGGUCGUCAAACAUUCGUCCCAUCGAAAGAUCGCACACGCUGCCUGAGGUGCUACACUCCGAGCGGGAAGCACAUUCAGGUUCUCUUGUGCGCAAAUCUAGGACGCUUGGUGAUAGCCAGGACUUUGAGCAGAAACAUCGGACAGCAACAAGCCCCAGCAACCUGCGUCAGCCUAGCGGGAGCAGUACUUCCAUCCAACCACGCCUCAAACAAAUCCCGUCGGUCAGUACGGAGUCUCCUAGAUGCCGUGUCUCUCAGUGGAGGGAGGAAGCAUCGUCCGCCGCGAUCACCGACCUCGAUCCAUCGGAUGGCGAAGAUGAGAUGACCUCGAGUAAAUACCAGGGUAGAAAAGGGAAGGAGAAGGCCAGACAAACACCCCCACCUCAGGAUGAUGCACACCAUUCUUCGCUUGCUGACAGACAGGAGGGUAAUUCAAGUAUCACACUACGCUGUCCGUCGCAUUGUCAAGCAAAUCACACUCCCGUCAAGGAAACCAAAUCCGUCGUGCAACCCCGAGCUCUUCUUGAAGCAACUGAAGGACCGCAUGAGAACGCUGCUCCAGUCGGGUUCGAAAGUGAAGAUCCCGACAGUCCUCGAAACAAGUACCUCGCGCGGUUACAAGCAGGGCACGGGAAGCGCAGUCCUGUAACGUCUACCAGUCCCACACGCGAUAGGGUGCAUAAGAAGCACGAAGCGACUAGCUCAGCGGAGUUGGCCGUGUCUUUUGCUUCGUUCGGGAUGUCGCACGCACAAAUACAAUAUCAAGGACCAACGAUGAAAGACGAUGUACGCUCUCCGCUCAAGCCAGGUACAAGAGUUCCUUCUGCGCUGGUGAGGUAA